AUGAGCGCACCGCCGCCGCCGAUGACGCCCGAGGACGUGGGCACGCUGCUCAACCCGCAGCAGCGCAAUGCUGUCCAGGACCGUGUCAACGCGCUCUUGGGCUGGAACUCGAAGGAGAUCGCGCCUAUGGCCAUCGCGAUCCCGAUGCUUCGAUCGACGCGCAAGCAGAUCAUGGAGCUCGGCUACUUGGUCGGGUCGCAAUGGACGGGCAUCCGGUACCUGGCGCUCUUGGUUGCAGGGCGCUGCUACCUCAUUUCGCACAACUACGAGAUCCGCGAGGCCUGGCUCUUUGCGCCACUUCGCCAGCAAGAUCGCCCAGCCGCCGCCGAGAACGAGACCAACCAGCACAUGUGGACGGUGCUGGACGGGACGCUGGUGAUGCACCAAGACAAGCUCACGUACGUGAUCACGGACAUUCUGGCGAUGAACGGGACCGCGGUCAUGACGCACAAGCUCGAGGAGCGCCUCAAGACGAUCCAAAACUCGGUGAUUGGGCCCUUGACCAAAAUCCCGAUACCGAAAGGUCAUCCGCCGUCGCAGUUUGGCCUCAUCUUUCCGCCCAACCGGCCGCUGGUAAAAAUGACGAGCUCGAUUCGGCAUUUGACGCCGACACCCACCAACACGGCCGUGCAGCACGCCGGCCUCGUCUUCCUCCCGCAAGCGCUACCGUACACGCCCGGGUACGGCAAAGGACUCUUCUCCUGGACGUAUCCGGUGCUCGUGACGGCCUACUUUCAGCUCGGCGUCGAGUGGCGCGGCAUGCCCAAGAAGCCCGUCUUCAAGCUCAACGUAUGGGACAAGGGCAUGUCGGUGUUUUACGACUGGAUCACGUUUCCAGGAGACUGCUACGACCACUUUUGCAACGAUAAGAAGGCGUCCCAGCGCAUCAUCGAGUGCAUGUACGACAGCGAGAAUUGGACAUUCAUUCCGUCGGAGGACAAGAGCAGCGACACGGGCCACGCCGGCUUCCAGUCGGUCGAGCGCGGCGUCGGGUGGCGCAAAGGGGGGUGGAAGCUCCUCCGCGUCCGGAAGGACGUUGGUCGGCCGUACGACCGCGCGCACUUGACGCAGUUGGAGAAAUGUCUGAGCGACAACAUUCGCGGCGAAGAAAUCGAAGCGUUCUUCACGGCCAACGCCGCCAACCCGCUCGCGUCGCCCGAAGACGACAAGUGGAAGAAGACUCUCGCGCCGAGCCAAGGCGUCUGCUACGACUUUCAGAACAAGGGCAUUUGUCAGCGCGGCACCAAGUGCCACUUCUCCCACUGCGCGUGCCACAACGUGUGCUCGUGCACAGCGGCCUCGCACACGUACGGCCAGCGCCCGGACUUUCGGCGCAACGACUUUGACGCGCCGCCCGAGGCCAACGCGGACGGCAGUGUCAAGCUUGAAGAGGCGCCGAUCGCGCUCGAGAGUCUGCCAGCAGUCGUCAAGGUCGAGCCAGAAGGCAGCGUCGACGUCCCACUGGCCGUACCGGCCGCGACGGUCAGUGCUGCGGCUGCACCCGUCGUUGCUGCCGUCGCACCGGUGCCGGUGCCGGAGAAGAAGCCGGUGGUCACCCAACCGCUCGUGCGUGGCAAGGUCAACGCGUCGAGCGUCUAUGCGCCGCUGGCCAACUUUGACAAGGAAACGCUGGCGGCCAAGCGCGCGAUGCUCAGUGCGACGGGCAACCGCCGCAUUUGGUCGAGUCUCGGCCUCGAGGACUCGACCGGCAAGAAGGCGACCAAGAAGAAGCAAAAGGUGGGCUGGAUCGUCUCGAGCGCCGGCGAUGUCUCGUACGUGCGAGACAAGUAG